AUUUGAUAAGAGCUGACACUGUAAGACCGUCCUUAACCUCAGUUCUCGCAGUGAAAGUGCCAUUACAGUCUUCAAAGGGCAAAAAGCAACUUUGGUGACGUCACGCGGGCGCAAGGUGUUCUAAUUGUUCAUUGUAAAAUAUGCGGCGCAUUACCACAUGAAUAGAUGAUGAGCUGUCAUGGCAUGUCAAUUUCCUUUAAUGUCCUCUGCUACUUGUUAAAUAUGCAGAGGGCCGGAGGGAGGGGGGUAUAUAAGCUCUCCUGGACCCCUCGACCUGUCAUUCUGACUUCAGUCCAUCAUGCAUGUGCGCGGAGCUUUGCGCGUGGCCUGCUACCAUCUUCUGCUUCUUGGAGUAUUCGGAAAGCACAAUAAUCAUCAUGGCACACGGAAUAUGUCACCUCACCCAUCCAGAUUGGACCGGAGCCACCGGCAUCACUUACCCACCUACAUGAUGCACCUCUACCGGCACUUCAAACUCAACCAGACGCGUCCUGUGGAGAACAUGGAGCACGAGCAAGCGGACACCAUCAAGAGCAUCCUGUCAAAGAGUUUGAUCAAUCAAGACGGGCACUACGUCACACACUUCGACCUCUCCUCGGUGCUGUCUGAACGUCAGAUUCAGGCCGCGGAGCUGAGGAUUCGUAUUCCCAAAGAAACGUAUCAGAUGAACAUCACAGUGGAGAUCAAACACCAGCAGGACGUCCCGUGCAACCAGCGUGACGUCUGUCUGGAGAACCAGUCGCUGGGCCGGCUGUCGGGAUCAUCUCUGAUGAGCGUCUCCCAUCACUGGAGGGUCUACAACGUCACAGACCUGCUCCUAAACUGGAUCGGUCCGAAACUCUCCGAGAGGAGGCGCGUGAAGACGAAGAGAGCCGCGAUAUCUCUUCAGAACGGGCCCAAACAUACGGAUGGCAUCCGUCACAGAGCCAUGCUGCUGAUAUUCUCACACACCACCUCCGAACAGGGAGAACAGGACAAGGCCAGUCUCCUCCACACGGCGGAGAAGUCCAAGUUCUUAUUCAACACCGAAGGAAAGGAGGUGCGGAGAGAGAGGCCGCACAAGAGCAAGAGGGGUCGCAGAGGUCAACCCAUGAGGAACCCGGAGCUGGUCCGGAGUCCGGCGGAGAGGAGCUCCAUGUGCAGGAGAGUGGACAUGCACGUGGACUUCAAUCAGAUCGGAUGGGGAUCGUGGAUCGUGUUCCCCAAGAAGUACAACGCGUACCGCUGCGAGGGGAGCUGCCCGAACCCUCUGGGGGAAGAGCUUCAUCCCACAAACCACGCGUACAUGCAGAGUUUGCUGAAGUACUACCAUCCCAGCAGAGCUCCGGCCGCCUGCUGCGCGCCCACAAAGAUGAGUCCUCUGAGCAUGCUGUACUACGAGAACGGAGAGCUGAUCCUGAGACAUCAUGAAGACAUGGUGGUGGAGGAGUGCGGCUGUCUCUGACGGACCCGUGAGCUUCAUCAGCGCUCCUAACGGACCAUCACAGCGCGGGAGAGGACGAGCCUCGGCUGGCAGCGGUGAAGAUCCAGAGCCGACCGGCAUUAUCCACAACAUGUAAGGACUUCAAAAGAGAAGAACACUUGAGGGAUCAGGAGUCCCAGUUCAGCAUGACUGAUACAAAAGAAGAAGAAGUGAAGAAAAACAUUUCUCUCCUGCGACGAUCAGUGAUGAAACUGUUAAAUGGAUUAUAAAGAUCUCAAGCACUGUCUAUGUAUUUACAAUUACACCAUGAGGUGGAGAAUCUAUGUAAAUAUUUAUUGUAAAUAAUACAUAAAUAAAGCUUUGAUAUUUAUGUAAAUAUAAUAUAUGAAUCCUUGUAUAAAGAGAGAGAUCAGCCAAUGUUAUUUUUGCUAAUAGAAAUAAAAGUAUUUGCCUGAAAGAAUUUAAACUCAG